AUGUUCAAGUCAUUCUUUCUGGCGGCUGCCUCUUGCGGCCUUGCUUUUGCAGUCACUUGUGACGACCUGGUUGGUUCUCUAUCUUUCGAGGGUGUCGACGCAUCUGUGGCAUCCUGCAGCUAUCACACCGCUGGAGAGACCCUCAAAAUCAAUGGCGAUCAAAGUGUGUGCUUUUCUGAGAUCCAGACAGAAAUCGAUAUGUGCAGAGUCGUUCUGACUGUCGCCACUAGCCCUACUUCUCACAACUAUGUAGAGGUCUGGCUCCCUUCAGGAAACAACCCAUGGAACGGCAGACUCUUGCACACAUACAACGGUGGUUUGGCUGGAUGCGUGGAGUACAAGGACAUGAAGUACAUGAGCUCUCUGUCUUUCGCAACUAUUGGAGACAAUGGAGGUCACAACUCAACAACUGCCGAUGGAUCAAAGUUGCUUAACAACAACGAAGCAGUGAUCGACCUCUCGUACCGUUCAAGACAUCUUGCAGUUGUAGCUGCGAAGCAGGUCAUCAAGAAGUACUACAACCAACCGGCUAGCUACUCUUACUACGUUGGCUGCAGCACUGGUGGUCGUCAAGGCUUAAAGUCAGCUCAAGAAUUCCCUGACGACUUCGAUGGCAUUCUUGCUGGUUCUGCUGCUGCCGACUUCAACCACCUCUCCGACUGGACUUCCAGAUUCUUGUUAAUCACUGGAUUUGGCAAAGAUGCCAGAGCUCUUUCCCGCGAGCAGUGGGUCUACGUUCACGAGGAAAUUCUUAGACAGUGCGAUGAGCCAUUAGAUGGUGUCGCCGACGGCAUCAUCGAAGAUCCAACCAUCUGCGAAUUUGACUCCACAACGUUGCGUUGCGGUACCAGCUCAGACUCUCGCUGUCUUACUCAGACUCAAGUCCAGACUGUGAAUGAUGUUUACUCUGAACUCUACGAUCAAGAUGGAAACCUACUCUACCCGUCUCUGUCAUUCGGAGCCGAACUGGUUGCCUCUCAGCAAGGCCUGUUCACUGGCAGCGUGGUGGGCAAUGCUGCAAACUGGAUUGCCAAUGCGGUAUACAACAACAGCAACUGGGACCCCACAACUCUGAGCCAAGAGACCUACACCAAGGCCGACGAGACCGAUGUCCUGCACGGAAACAUCUCAACCUGGAACGGCGAUCUCAGCUCCUUCCGUGAGGCUGGCGGCAAACUAAUGAUGUAUCACGGUCUUGCUGACCCUAACAUUGCCGGCGAAAACUCUCAACGCUACUAUCUUCACGUUGCCAGAACCAUGGGCGCUACUGAUGAAGAACUCGACGAAUUCUUCCGCUUCUUCCGUAUCUCAGGAGGUGACCACUGCAGCUCUGGAGGCGCUGGCGCAUGGGAGUUUGGUCAAAUCGCUGCUGGUAGAAAUGGUCGCCAUAGUGCGAUUGACCAAUUGAUGGCUUGGACAGAAAACGGCACUGCCCCUGAGACCAUCACAGGUACUAAAUUCGUCAACGACGACCCCAGUCAGGGCGUUGCCUUUGAACGCAGUCACUGCAAGUUCCCUUACCGCACUACCUACAAAGGACCCGACUUUGACCCCAAUGUUACUACCAGCUGGACCUGCGAGAAGAUCAAGAACUGGCAGGAGUGUGGUCCUGGUGCAGUUCCCAGACUGUGCUAG